AUGGGUGUUGUUGUGCUUCCUGGCUCGCUUCCUGGCUCGCUUCCUGGCUCGCUUCCUGGCUCGCUUCCUGGCUCGCUUCCUGGCUCGCUUCCUAACUCGCUUCCUGGCUCGCUUUUUAAUUCGCUUCCUGGCUCGCUUCCUGGCUCGCUUCCUGGCUCGCUUCCUGGCUCGCUUCCUAACUCGCUCCCUGGCUCGCUUCCUGGCUCGCUUCCUAAUUCGCUUCCUAACUCGCUUUCUGGCUCGCUUCCUGGCUCGCUUCCUAACUCGCUUCCUGGCUCGCUUCCUGGCUCGAUUCCUAACUCGCUUCCUGGCUCGCUUCCUAAUUCGCUUCCUGGCUCGCUUCCUGGCUCGCUUCCUGGCUCGCUUCCUGGCUCGCUUCCUAACUCGCUUCCUGGCUCGCUUCCUGGCUCGCUUCCUAAUUCGCUUCCUGGCUCGCUUCCUGGCUCGCUUCCUGGCUCGCUUCCUGGCUCGUUUCCUGGCUCGCUUCCUGGCUCGCUUCCUAACUCACUUCCUGGCUCGCUUCCUGGCUCGCUUCCUGGCUCGCUUCCUAACUCGCUUCCUGGCUCGCUUCCUGGCUCGCUUCCUGGCUCGCUUCCUGGCUCGCUUCCUGGCUCGCUUCCUGGCUCGCUUCCUAACUCGCUUCCUGGCUCGCUUCCUGGCUCGCUUCCUGGCUCGCUUCCUAACUCGCUUCCUGGCUCGCUUCCUGGCUCGCUUCCUAACUCGCUUCUUGGCUCGCUUCCUGGCUCGCUUCCUGGCUCGCUUCCUAACUCGCUUCCUGGCUCGCUUCCUGGCUCGCUUCCUAACUCGCUUCUUGGCUCGCUUCCUGGCUCGCUUCCUGGCUCGCUUCCUAAUUCGCUUCCUGGCUCGCUUCCUGGCUCGAUUCCUAACUCGCUUCCUGGCUCGCUUCCUGGCUCGCUUCGUAACUUGCUUCGUAACUCGCUUCCUGGCUCGCUUCCUGGCUCGCUUCCUGGCUCGCUUCCUAAUUCGCUUCCUGGCUCGCUUCCUGAUUCGCUUCCUGGCUCGCUUCCUGGCUCGCUUCUAACUCGCUUCCUGGCUCGCUUCCUGGCUCGCUUGCAUCAGAGCAACCGCACUUACUA